AUGGCCACCGAUCUCGCUACAACCGUCCCCCAGGCCACAGAGGACCAUCCCGUCCCGAAGCAGGAAUCCGUGACCAAUACCCCGGCUCAGGCUGGCGGUGGCACUGCCAGCUACACUAUCAAGAAUGCGCAGAAGGUCGACAAGCUGAACGCCACCCUCUCAGGCCACAUCGAGCAGAUCUACAAGAAGCUGGAAAAAGAGUUUGAAGUGUCCAACAAGAUUGGCCUGUCCAACUUCCUGAUCAAUGGCCAAUCUCACUCUGCCGACGCCCUUCCCAUUCAGGAAGAAAAAUUGACUGCCGCUGCUCUCAAGAGCUACUUCCAAUCCCACCACGUGAAUGCCUUGCGUGCACCCGAGCCCCUCGAUGUGAACUGGCCGAUCUCCAACUACUUCAUCUCUUCGAGCCACAACACCUACUUGACUGGCCACCAGCUCUACGGCGAGUCAAGCACCGACGCUUACAAGAACGUCUUGCUUCGGGGCUGCCGGUGUGUAGAAAUUGACGUAUGGGAUGGCGACGCCCCGUCGGACUCGGAGGACUCCAGUAGCAGCGAAUCUGAGGCCGAGGUCGAUCCCAAGACGGGCAAGAAACCCGGCUUGAAGGACCGCCUGAAGGCAAAGAUCGCGAGGAGGACUUCCAAAAGAGAGAAGGGGCCUCACCCUGUGGCCUCUAAGAAAGAGAAAGAGAACCAUCCUGUGGCGAAUACCGAUGGCACUUGCCAAAGCCAGAGCGAGAUGCCAAAGCCCUGGAGAGCCAAUUCCAACCGUGCUGAGCCAAAGGUGUACCACGGCUACACUGCCACUUCCGAUAUCUCCUUUCGCUCGGUUUGUGAAACCAUCCGGGAUUACGCUUUCGUGACCUCGGAGCUUCCUGUCAUCAUCAGCUUCGAAGUGCACACCAGUCCCGAGCAACAGGAGGUCAUGGUUGAGAUCAUGAACGAGACGUGGAAGGAGUUCCUGGUCGACCAUCCACCGGAAGACCAGGCGAAUCCUGCUAGCCUGGAACUGCCCCCCUUGGAGAAACUCCUCCGUAAAAUCCUGAUCAAGGUCAAGUAUGCGCCUCCCACGAAGCCAGGUGAGAUUACACCACCGCAGGAGUCGGAACCCACGACGCCUUCUGAGUCAGAGGAGGAUGCCACUACUUCUGCUGCAGCGGCUGGACAGGCCAAACCUGCAAAGAGCAAGAUCUGUCAAGGUCUUAGCCGGCUCGGCGUAUACGCCUGGGCCAUACGCUUUCAGAACCUUCACCAGCCAGAGGCUCAGUACCCUACCCACAUCUUCUCGCUGUCCGAGGGCCGCCUCAUGGAAGUCCACCAGCACUUCCCUAGUGAGCUCUUUCAGCACAACAAGAAAUACAUGAUGCGUGCUUACCCCAAGGGUACUCGUGUGUCCUCUUCCAACCUCGACGCGCCCGUUUUCUGGAGGCAAGGUGUGCAAAUCGUUGCAUUGAACUGGCAGCGUUGGGAUGAAGGAAUGAUGCUGAACGAAGGCAUGUUCGCGGGUACCGGCGGGUGGGUCCUCAAGCCAGAGGGAUACCGCAGCACUUCCCAAGCAGCCAAGCACCCUCAUGCACUCACAUAUGGCAAGCUUGACAUGACCAUCGAGAUCUUCUGCGGCCAGGACGUGCCAUUGCCUCCGGAUGAGAGUAAGGCCAAAAACUUCCACCCUUACGUGAAGUGUGAGUUGCACGUUGAGAAGCCAGAGGAGCGUCUUGGCGAGCCCGUUCCUGGGGGUGGUAAGAGUAAGGAAGGCGAAUACAAGCAGCGCUCGAAGACCGUGAAGGGCCAAGACCCAGACUUCGCUGGAGAGGUUCUCCGCUUUGAGGGUGUGCCUGGCGUCACGCCAGAACUGAGCUUCGUCAGAUUCAAAGUCAUGGACGACGAAUUCGGCCGCGACGACUUGGCAGCUUGGGCAUGCUUCCGGCUCGAUCGUCUGCAGACGGGUUACCGCCUCAUUCACCUGUUCGAUGCCGAGGGCGUGCAGAGCAAGGGAGUGCUUUUGGUGCGCGUAACCAAGAAUUUCGUCGUUGAGACACCACCGGCGUCGUUGGCGCCUAUUUCGAAGGAUAAGAGCCUGGAUGCGGUCGUGGAGGAGGUGAAGAAGCUGGAGACAUAA